AGUAGCGCUGCUCACGCGCACACAUCAUGUCGACGGAACCAAGCCAAAAUUCGAUAUUCGCUCUUCUCCAGCCGCCAGUCUCGAGGAGCGGACAGUCUUCCCAACAGUCGACGCCUUCGACUUCACACAGAUUACCCACCUCUCGAGACAUACCGCCUGUCUCUCUCAGUCAUAUCCGUCAGGUCGAUUCCUCAGCCUUCCGGAACUACCUGGCUCGUUUUGGGGGUUUGAUUGAUCUCUGCCAACGCACGCCGCUCGGGUCUGCGGAUCACACUGAGCAUGUCCAUCCCCAGAACGUCGUCGCCCUUGGUCACGAUGAGCUCACAGCGAGUGGUAAAUGGCGGGCGACGAGAUUGAAAAGCGGCCAGCUUGAACUCACGCCGCUUUCAACGAUUCCUUCCGUGUACUUUGACAGUAAUUUCCGCCUCGAGAAUCCACGCGUCUUCGAUGGGGUCAUUGAACACACGGCAGUUGUACGGCAACAUUGCUCCACGCCGGUGGCGAAAGACACCGGCCGAGACUCGAACCGCACUGCUUCAGACGACAUGUCCCAGCUGGCUAGGAAAGCGCUUUCCACCAACGCGAUGCUGCAAGAAAAGCUAUCCUGGUAUAUGGACACUGUCGAGUGCCAUUUUGUCUCUUCGAUAGCUCAAGUUUUAGUUCCUUUCUUUGCUGCUCUCGGCUCUCUCCAGAACCUCCAGGCUGAGGCGGCUGAGUCUGCCGAGAAAAUCAUAACGCUGAGAAACCAUCUUGCAUACGUGAACAAGAAUAUGGCAGUCCUCAAUCUGGAGAUCAUGAGGGAAAGGCAGAGGCGAGAGAAUUUGAACAUUCUGAGCCAUGCGGUCAUACAGUUGCAAUACAUCCGCGCUGGUGCAAUGCACUGUGAGGAACUCGUCCAUUCUGGGCAGCUGGCGACGGCCAUACAAUGUAUUUCUUGCGUUGAAAUGCUUGCGUGCGGAAUACGGCCUCCACAUCUCACCGAAGAAAUGCUCCAGCUCAUGCCAAACCCACACAUCGGGCUGGCCGAUUUACGGCGACUGCGAACUCUCGAGGGACUUUUGCAAGGGAUGAGUCUGCUUCGUCUCAGGAUCGGGGAAGGCUACGGAGCUCAGCUAAUGAACAUCCUCCUGUCCGAUUUACGCGAACACAUUUCACGCGUGCCCUCAAAAGACACUCUAGCGCGCUGGAUGAGUACAAAAGUAUCUGCGCACAGCCCGAGUAGUGGCUCGUCUUCGGGGCCCGCACAUAUAACGGGGAUCGAAAAGCUACGUGCAAAUCUUCUACCUGUUCUUGAUGGGCUCGGUCAAACAGAGUGCUUUGCUGCAGCAAGCUCGACAUUUCGCCAAGCUGUGAUCCAAGAGAUGACACUUAUUCUUCGCCAGCAUCUGCCAAGUUCGACCGAACACGACAACGGGUCUGUCACGUCUGUGUCAACGAGGGGAAGCAGUCGACGCUUGACUGAACAGGAAAGUGCAAGCACUAUUUCGCGCAAUUUACGUGCUCUUGGCCCAGAGGAUGCUGCCACCUUCUUCACCACGGUCUUCUGUAGGGUAAGUGAAGCAUUACGAAGGCUAGGCGUACAGGUAAAGGUUCUUCUCGAUCUCGUGAGCCGUAUGGAGAAGGCACCAAGCGGGGUGCUGGAGUCUUCCCAGCUCGGAAAUUACGCAGAGUUUUCCGCGGUCCGAUCGCCUGACGAUCGGAAGGCAUCAUCGACCCAACAAGACAUGAUGCAGGCGCUUGACAUGUCGACCCUCUUGGAGGAAGCGGCGGACAAGGUGCAAUCGGAAAUCGUGAAAGUGCUACGCCUGAGAACAGAGCCGACGACCAGUCUCGGGAUGGCUAGAUUUCUACACUAUUUCACGCUCAAUCGCUUGUUCGUCAACGAAUGCGAGGCGGUCUCCGGUCAUUCUGGGAUGACUUUUAGAAAUGUCAUAAAAGACCAAUUUCACAGAUUCGUCACGCGAUUUCACGAAACCGAAAGGCAAAGGCUUGCCCAAAAGAUGGAGUCUGAGAAAUGGGAGCGCAUCGACUUCAAUAAUGAAGACGCCAUGGCCCUAGCACGUGUCCUUCAGUCCGCAACUUGUGACCCUCAGGCAUGGCUCAACUACAUGAGGUUUGAUGUCGAAAGCACUGGGGCGAGCGAACAAAUUCCGCAAAGCAAUGACGUUUCCGUGGACCACACGGGGACUAAAACACAUGCUAAGAAAGGCAUGAUACUGGCGGCUAUUGAUCAGGAAACUUUCAUGACCGUCGAGUCUGUGGCAUUUGCCCUUCGCGGAAUAGAACAGUACGCUAUCCUCCUCGUGUCGGUCCCGAACAUGGCAAACGCGAUAUCUACGGCACUGCUAGACUAUCUCAAGUUGUUCAACUCCCGCACACAACAACUCAUCCUCGGCGCUGGUGCUAAAUUGACUGCUGGCCUGACCACCAUCAACACCAAACACCUUGCGCUUGCCUCCCAGUCCCUGUCCCUUUUCAUCACUCUGAUACCUUACAUACGCGGCUGCGUCAGUCGUCAUUCGACAAUCACGGUCGCUGGAUUGGCAGAAUACAGCCGUCUCGAGCGUGUAUUCCAAGAGCACCAGUCAUUCAUCCACAACAAAUUCAUCGACAUCAUGGGCUCUCGCGCAGCCGCUUGCAUCAGGGCAAUGGGAAAGGUCGAGUGGGACGAUGCGUCCGAGCUGCAAGGAAACGUCAGCCCGCACGUUGAGACGCUUGUGACAGAGACCCUCACACUCAAGCGAGUACUGAACAAGUUCCUGCCGCCAUCAAGCGUAGAUAGGGUCAUCACACGGGUUUUCGACAACUAUCGGAACCAAUUUCUCACAGCAUUUGACAGCGCUGCUGUCAAGACCGAGUUCGGUCGAGCAAGACUUUUGCGCGAUACGGAACUUCUGGAGGCGAAGCUGGACGACAUUGUUGGCGCGGAAGGGUUUGGCGCUCACCUUGCCUCGAUCGCCAGCGCAAAACAAAUUCCAGGCCAGUAGCUGGAAAAUUCCUCUACGCCCCAGCAACACACCCACGCAUGAAACUCACAUCAUUCAUUUGCGCCUUACACUCAACACUCAGAACACUCUCCCAAUGACUAUGUUAUUUGAGUCUGUGCUUGUUCUAUAACAUAAUAGUAGUAAUUCAUAGGUUUUUGGAGGCACCCGAUUAAAUCGGAUCGAGCACGCGAAUGAGUGAUCUGAUACUGGCCCAGC